UUAAGCUAAGAAUAAAGUGCUCUGCGAUUUCGUUAUAUAUUUUCGUCUUGGUGCUGUGCCACAAGUCAAUUGCCCAGCUCCUAGAUGAAAAAUGUCUUCCAAAUACGAAAUUCGUUGAAAAAGUAAUGUAUGGCCAUCAAGCAAAAAAAGGUGUCACCCCAUGGAUGGCUCUUAUACGUGAUUCCAAGGAGUUUAUUUGUGGCGGUUCACUUAUUAACAAACGCUUUGUCAUGACAGCAGCCCACUGCUUUAAAAGACGACCGGAAAUAUUUGUAAAAUUAGGCGUUUACGACAAAUAUUGCCCACAAUCACAAUGCACAGAGGUGGAAGAAUAUAAAGUAGUCGAUAGGAUUGCCUACAACGUGAACGGAGUUACUAGCGAUAUAGGACUACUAAAACUGGACAGAGAAGUGAUCUACAAUGAAUAUAUUUCGCCGAUCUGCAUCAUCCUCGAUAACACGGUAGACCCGUUGUCCGUAAAAAAGUACUCGGCCUACGGCUGGGGUAAGACGCAUACAAAAAAACCAAGCCGAUACCUUAGAUUAUUAAGCCUGCGUCGUAGUAGUGCGACGGAAUGUACGAUACGUUUGAUGAAAAGCUAUUCUGCGCUGGUGGCUCAAAAGGGGACACCUGUGAAGGCGACUCCGGCGGUCCUUUGGUCUCGCGUGUCAAGUACAAUGGAACAAUGAUCUACGCCCAGAUGGGGGUAAUCUCUUUUGGAACCGAGUCUUGCGAUUCCAUUGGACUUUAUAUAGAUGUAAUGAAACAUAAAAAUUGGAUAAUGGAACAUUCUCAAGUCGUAGAUCCAGAAGUGAAGAUUAUGCUGAAACAAGCUCCUCAGGAACCUUCCUUGAAGGAGCAUCCGUAUUAUCAGUUUAUCAGUGAAUUAUUGGAAAGGUUCAUUAAGGAAUAUUGCUGUUGUAACAAAGAAGAAAACAAAUCGAAGCCAAAAUUGGAAUAUCGCUCGAAAACUAAGUAAUUCCCAGUAUUCAACGGACAAAUAUGUUGAAGGUCGAUGGGUCUUAAUUAUGGUAUAAACUUUUUGUAAAAGAGUAAUUUAUAAACUUACUAAUAGUAAUAUGAUAUCAAUUUGAAUUAUGUUUUCAAAUAAACAUUACAAAAUAUUGACCUAAAACUUUUUAUGUUGAUAAAACAAAUGAAUGCCUCUCAUGCCACUCAUAACCGUUUAGCGCGUGCUUCUGAUAAGCCAACACUGUAGUCAUACUAUCACACUAAUUGAUAAACAAAACGAAUAUAUUUUAUUAUUUGUUUUAAUAUGGAAUACUUUCUAUAAUAAUAAUAUUGCGGCUGUGCAUCUCUCUACAACUUCUGUCUGUGAACAGU